AUGGAAAUAACUGACAAGCCCAACUAUAUACGUGAAAAAGAUCUCAGUGUUACACAACUCUGAAUCAAGGCGCAGCAAAAUGUUAUUUACUCUUUCCCAUUUUUUCGUUUGUUGUUGGAUGCAGUAUUAACUUUUCUGACAGCCACUAGGAGCUACACACUUUGUUAAGUGACAUUACAGAAAUUUGCUUUGCAUCAGUUGUUAGCCUUGAAACCAUAGCACAGCUAAAGCAAAAUGUUGCUGAAUAUUUGAGACUCUUAAAGGAACUUUUUCCUGAACAGCCUUUUACUCCAAAGCAGCACUAUCUUGUACAUUUUCCCAAAGUUUUACUUCUUCUUAGUCCACUGAUAAACUUGUGGGCCAUGCGUUUUGAGGCAAAACAUCAAUACUUUAAAGACCCUAAGAAAUUACUGAAUUUCAAGAACAUUUGUUUAUCCUUAUCCAAUCACCAUCAA